UGAUCAUGUGACCUCAGAGAGACAGAAGUGAAAGUGAAGCUGAUCAGACAGACUGAGCUCGGCUUCACGCAGCUUCUCCAACCAUCAGAAUCUGUCCUGAACAUCAGCAGACUGUCAAACUGCAGCUGAAGUUUCAUCUACAAUCAGCGACAGACACACGGAAACUUCUGCACACGCUCAGUUUGGAGGAAGCUUCCUGAAAAUGGCCUCGAGUCAAAAAAGAAAACAACCGAGUGAAGAACCGCCGAUAAGAGAAAGAAAACGUAGCAAAGAUCUGCCGCCUAAUUUGUCUGAAUUAAUGAACAAGCUCGUUAAACAUGCUGCUUCAUUCAUAUCACUGUUUGAAGACAACAAACCAAAGAUGACACAGAUUGUAAGAGAGUUUGAGAAGUUUACUGCUGAAUUAAAAAAGAUGCAGAACACAAUGGAUGAUAUCAGAAGACCUAGAACCGUUGAACGCUCAGUCUUUGCAGGUCCACUCGGGAUGUUUGGCCUUACAGGAGUAGCAAUAGGAGCAGAAACUGCUGUAAGAACAGCUGUUGCAUAUAGUGCAAACAUAGGAAAAGUGAUAAAGCAGACAGGAGUUGCUAAUAAAGUAGAAGAACAGGGAAAAGAAUUCAUGGAGAUUGUCGAACCGCUGAAGGAGAACCUGGAGGAAAUCAAGACGACGUGUGAGAAGAUGGAGCAAAGAUCAACUGAGCUUCAGGCGGGACUCACUCUGUCAGACGUGGAGGAGUUUCGGUGGCUGAUUACACGAGUGCCUGAACUGAAGGAGAUGAGUCGAGAAACUUUGUCUGUAACUGUAGAGGUGAUAAAUAUCAUGAAAAAAAUGCUACUGUUCGUUGUGAAAAUUGUCAGAGACUGUCUGACUCUUGAAGAGGAUAAAGAGUUGAGAGACACCAUCUACAAGUCAGCUGAUCAGUGUCAGAAGGUCGUUGAUAAGUUUGAUAAGAUGAAGAACGAACUCAGAAACUUCACAGGAAGUAAAGAGAAGAAAUAAACAAGCUGCAGGAUGAAGAAACACAAAGACUGUGAUGAUGAACAGUUGGUAUUUUAACGUGCAUUCUAUGUAUUCUAUUUUUGAACUGUAUUUUUAUUCUAUUUCACUAUUAUUAUCAGGCAAAGCAACUGGGCCGUGACGAAGAUCCUGCUCUGCUCAUCAUCAUCAUCAUCAUUAUUAUUAUUAUUCAGCGUUUUAUCUUCUGGCUUGUGUUAUUAUGCAUUUAAUGUAUUCUGUGUUUUUAUCUUCUAUCUUAUGUCACGUUCAUGUUUUUAACAUGUUUUGUGUUUGUGUCUAUUUUCAUGUGAAACACUCUGAGCUGCAUUUCCUGAAUGAAAGUUUCUAUAUAAAA